UUCCACAACUACAUAUAUUUUGUGUAAUAACUGAAUGUAUUCUAUCUAUAUUCCAGAGAUCUAAAACCAGAAAACAUCUUGCUGGACCAAGAAGGCCACGUAAAAAUAGCAGAUUUUGGUCUAGCACUGGAGACAUUCGGUGAUAGAGUCACUGGCUAUGCAGGAACACUGGGCUACAUCGCUCCAGAGAUAAUACAAAAUGAGGAGUAUGAUGUAGCGGUUGACUGGUGGUCAUUCGGUAUCAUCACCUGUAAAAUGGCCACUGGUAAGUCUCCAUUUUAUGAUGGCCCUGAUAGAGAGAAGGUCAUCAUAGACACCAUCUGCAACGAGCCUGAGAUACCUGAUUGCCUAAGCACAGAUCUGCAACAUCUUCUAAUAAAUCUACUGGUGAAGGAUCCCCAGCUGCGUCUUGGAAUAUAUGGAGAUAUACGUUACCACGCAUUUUACUCAUCCAUCGAUUGGGAGGAACUGGAACAGAAGAAGAUACCACCACCUGUCCAGCUAACAGAACCUUCAAGUGAUGUCAAGACGUGCUAUGGAAAGUCACUGUCACCGUUGGACUUCCUGGAUUAUAAGAACACAACACAGGAGAGUCACAAUAUUUCAGGCUUUUCUUAUACGAGUUCCACCUGGUACAAGGAGUGAGUUGUAUUGCGGAGGCUCAGCCAUGCAUCUUAUCCACCUGAUGCAUCAAGAUCAUCAUCCUCAUCAUCACCUGCUCUUAAUAGAAACAAUACCCCCUAUGGAGAGAAUGAGAGUGUUAUAGGUUUUAUUGUUAAAUAUUAGAACAAAAUAAGUGUAAAUUUUCAGUGAUUUAAUAA